AUGACUUAUUUCGAAAGUAUAAAUAUUUUUGAAUUAAUGUUAUUAUUGUUGGCGAUUUUUGUACUUGUAUCAGCCGCUAUUGCUGAAUGGUUGAUCAAAUUUUUUGGCAUUGAUAGCAUUUACACAUUCUUUAAAAUUUUAACGGAUUUACGAGAUGGAAGACGAUCACAUUGGUUGUUUGAUCUAUUUCAAGUUGAUGAAGAAUCUGAUUGCCAUGGUGGACAAUUAGUUGCUCUGGUGUUGAAAGAACAUAAUGUAAAGGAAAUAUUCACCCUCUGUGGUGGACAUAUAUCACCGUUGCUUGUUGCUGUUGAAGAUAUUGGCAUUCGUGUGAUUGAUACUCGUCACGAAGCGACUGCCGUAUUUGCUGCAGAUGCUGUCGCUCGUUUACGUCAAAGCAUUGGUGUAGCAAUCGUUACAGCAGGACCAGGUUUAACCAACACGAUUACUGCCGUGAAAAAUGCACAGUUAGCCGAAACUGCCAUUCUUAUUAUAGGAGGUGCUGCUCCAACGAUGCUGCAAAAUCGUGGUGCAUUGCAGGACAUCGAUCAAAUUACGUUAAUGCGACCGCUAUGUAAAUAUGUGGCUCGAAUAACAUUAAUAAGGGAUAUUGUUCCAGUCUUGAAGAAGGCUUUACAUAUUGCACAAAGUGAUUCACCGGGUCCUUGUUUUAUUGAAAUACCAGUUGAUGUGCUUUAUCCAUUCCAUGUUGUAAGAAAAGAAAUAAAUUGUAUGAAUGUUGGACGUUUUACAGAGAAUCUGUUGCAAACAUACUUGAUAGCACAUAUUUCUCGACAGUUCAGUGGUGGUUGGUGCAUAAAGCAAGACAUAGCACCUAUACCAGUUACAUAUAAACUUCCUCAUGGCGAAGAUAUUAAAAAAUUUGCUCAUUUAUUGAUGGAAGCUGAUAAACCAAUAUUGAUUCUUGGUAGCCAAGCGCUUUUAGCUCCCAUUAAGGCAAAAAAAUUACAGAAAGUUGUAAAAGCUAUCAACAUCCCAACGUAUUUGAGUGGCAUGUCGCGCGGAUUAUUGGGGCAUUCAAAUGCUAUUCAUUUCUCCCAUACUAGAAAAUUAGCUAUGCAAGAAGCCGAUUUGAUUAUUCUUGCUGGCGCAGUAUGUGAUUUCCGUCUCUCUUAUGGACGUUCAUUUUGUUCACAAACCAAAAUAGUCUCUAUAAAUCGCAGUCGAGCGCAAAUGUUAAAGAAUGAGGGUAUAUUUUGGCGAGCUAACUUGGCUAUUCAGGCGGAUGUUGCCACUACACUAGUCAAUUUGCAUGCAUUUCUCGAAUCAGUUGAUUACAAAGCAAGGCUUUUUUUUUGUUCUCCUAUGAUAAACGGUUGGAAAUCUUAUCUAGCAACAAAAGAAACGGAAAACAAAACGUCACUUGUGCAAAAAAUAAUUGACGGAUCUUUAGAAGAAGAAAUUAACCCUCUGUGGGUAUUAUCACUAAUUGACAAGAUCUUGCCAAAAAAUGCAAUUGUGGUAGCGGACGGUGGGGAUUUCGUUGGUACCGCUGCUUACAUUUUACAUCCAAGAGGACCAUUGCAAUGGCUUGAUUCUGGAGCCUUUGGUACGUUAGGAGUUGGAGCUGGUUUCGCUCUCGGAGCAAAAGCUGUUUAUCCUAAUCGGCCAGUCGUAAUUAUAUAUGGUGAUGGUGCAUGUGGAUUUUCACUGAUGGAAUUCGAUACGUUGUCACGCCACAAACUUUCUGUUAUUGCAAUUAUCGGCAAUGAUGCCUGCUGGUCGCAAAUUGCUCGUGAGCAAAUCGCCAUGUUCGAUAGUGAUGUGGCUGUUAAUCUGUCGCGUGCAAGAUACGAUAUUGUUGGCCUUGCACUGGGAGUUCAAGGGGAAUGUAUUUCAGAAAAGAAAGAACUAUCAAGAAAAAAGCUAGAAAAAAUAUUCUCAUCGGCAAAAGAUGGGGUUUCGGUUAUUGUAAAUGUCAUUAUUGGGAAAUCUCAUUUUAGAGAUGGUAGUAUUAGUGUUUAG